AUGCCCACCACCAACAAGUCGGGGUGCGGCUGCGCCACUACGUGUGCGGCGUCAUCGACAGAUUACUCCCUCACACAUCCUUCGCCGAAUGCAUCCAAGGCUGGCUGGCUGAAGAUUGCUCACGACACCCACCUUGAGAGACCUGGAGCGCAAGAUGGAGUGACUGGCUGCCAAUAUUACGAGCGCGCGGCGUCGCAAGAAGGUGUGGCUGCCGUCUUUUCUCCUUUGCACAAGACCAGUUCUGGCCGUCAUGUCUUGCAUCUAGGCCUGAAACGGGCGUUGUGAGUAUUGCAGGCGGCGGAUCCGGUGAGGGUGCGUUCGUAUUGGGAUCACAAACCUGGCCAUCUUACUUCCAUCAUGACGCCUAUGCAGCCCUCGUCUCGUGGAAUAAACGUCGAGAGAGUAUAUCCUUUGUGGUUGAAAAUGGCAAAUGACGCGCAGCAGCAUAUUGUCAGCCUCCUAGAUCGAUGCAAGGCUAAUCACCACAUCUCGGAGCGCAGGCAGUGGUCGCCAGGAUGAGCCUUGGAGGGUAGCAUCGGACUCGCUGCAUCACAUCGCCGUUCCUCCUUCGACAGUCGACGCCUUGCCAAUCACAAGGCGGACCAUGGUCCGACCGGCGUAACCAAAUCGGCACCAUCCCUCUUUGUUGAUGGCUGCAACUUGGGCGAAUCGAUGUUGGUCGUGGCCCCUCCACAUUGUCCCAUUUCCCCCUUGCGCGUGUCGAUCGCAUACACAGGUUGCUUCUUUCUUUCCUGGCAUAGCGCACCACCACGCGGAGCCAGGCUACAGGUAGAGACGGGACGUCCUUCGAUUCGAUGUAUUGCAUGCAUGGUAGCU